AACUCUCUUUCUAGCCCUUAACCUAGCUAAAAAAGGGCCGAGAAAAAUUUGUAUUUAUUGAAUAAGAGAAGGAAUUCCCAGAAAUGUUUAAAAAUUAUGAACAAUUACAUGCAUUCACUGCUUUUUGAGACUUAUUAAAUUAUUUAUAAUAAAAAUAAACACAACUUAUGUACUAAUUGGUAGCCAAGUUAGAAAAGAUCCAAAAUAAAAUGAAUUCUUCUAUUCUCAGAUUGUUGGCUAGAAAUAAUCAAAUACCUCGUAUUUUGAAACGUAAUUUUUUUCAAUCAGUUCCCCGAAAAUCUUAUGGCGAAAAAACUAUAACAACAAUAUUGAAUUCAGAGGCAGAUAAUGGUCUCAUGAUAGAUGCUUAUAGUGAAGUUGGUUUCAGACUGAAUAAUAAUUUCACGGUGUUAGGUCCAAUGAUAAUUUUUCCUAGAUCUGUUAUAUCAUGGAACAUAAAUGAUGCGUCAGAAAUCAAUGAAGAAUCAUUGAGCCUGUUCACUGUGCUAGAACCGAAAGUUGAUUUAAUUGUCCUUGGAUUAGGGGAUGACACGGAUAAACUUCCCAAAUCCUUCAAUAUCCUGAAAUUUAUGAGAAAGUAUAACUUGGCUGUAGAAAUUUUGCCAACAACUAAAGCUUGUCCAACAUUCAACUUUUUAAGUUAUGAAGGGCGAUAUGUUGCAGGAGCUUUGAUACCCCCUUCAAAAAUUGAAGCUAGUGAUGACGAUAUAAUGAGAACAAAACUCAGGUAUCAGAAAUUAUAUGAGCAAGAAGACCCUGUGUUCUAGAAAGUUAUUAAAGUAAUAAGUUGGUCUGAAAAAAAUUUUUUUUCAUGUAAAAUAUGAAGUAUUUUUUUUUUAUAAUAAUGGCAUCGAUUGCUGAGAUUAUUAGCCGAAUAUAUUAAGUAUUUACUAUUUUUUGUCACAAAGAGAUAUGAAAGAUAUUUAUCUUCUAAUAUUGAAUUCAUUGAUUCUAUAUUCUAUGUCUUUCUGUAGAAUAUUAAUUUGAUUUUUUCCCUUAACUCCAAUAAAUUAAAAGGUCUCCCAUAGCUCAAAGUGCUUGAGGAUAAAAAGCUUUAAUUCAUUGGAGAUAAGAGAUAGAUGACAUUAUAUUUUUUCUGUAACUACAACCUCAUUUACCUUUGUAAAUAUUGUUUUCAUUAGAAUUUUUAGUUGACCAGUAUAA